GAUGGUGUAGCUCUCUCGCAGUCUGGUGGAGCUGCACACAAGGAUUAGAGGGUUGUUGUGAGUGUCUGCUCAAAGAGUGGGAGCCAGUGGACAGAAACAGAUAAAAAAAAAAUCUCCAGCAAGAGGAUAGCCUUGUUAUACUGGAUAAGUGCUCUGAUUUUAUUUUACUCUGCCUUUACUUCUCAUCACAGUCGAGCUGAAGGGUCUUCACCUGGGGGAGGACAGAUAAGCCAGUCAACUAUACAGCUUGGAUUUUCACACGGGGAGCCAUGUGAGCUGUACUCCCCUCUGCUGACUUCACGCAACAGAACUGCCCCAACAGUCUGCACUCCAAACCCAGGAGCACAACUAGGAUUCGCCCACCCCCUCUCUCCCUGGAACCUCUACUUUCAGCGCUUGCAUACCUCAGUGGAGGACACCUUUCUUGGGGUCGGGCUCUGAGUGGCCCCCUGGUCUGGAGGCCAGACAGCAGCACUCCAGCACCAUGGAUUACCUGCUUCGGACUGUAGUGCUGCUGUGCUUCACGUUGCAGCCGGGAAGAGGAGCUGAUCCCAAGCACAACGUUCCCAGACUAAAGCUGUCAUUCAAGGAAAUGUUAGAAUCCAGUAACCUCCUUACCUUUAAUGGCCUGGCAAAUAGUUCGGACUAUGACACAUUCUUAUUGGACGAGGAGCGAGGGAGACUGCUGGUUGGAGCCGAGGACUAUAUCUUCUCAUUUGACUUAGUCAACAUAAACAGAGACCACAAACAGAUUGCGUGGCCUGCCACCCCCUCCAAGAGGGAUGAAUGCAAGUGGGCAGGGAAGGAUUCGGCAAAGGAGUGUUCUAAUUUCAUCCGGGUCCUUCAACCGUAUAACCAGACCCAUCUGUACAUCUGUGGAACAGGAGCCUUCCACCCCAUCUGCGCUUAUCUGGAAAUGGGCAAAAGAGCAGAGGACAACAUAUUUCGACUGGCCUCCCAAUUUGAGAAUGGCAGAGGGAAAAGCCCCUACGACCCCAAAAUGCUUUCAGCGUCACUCCUGCUUGAUGGAGAGCUGUACUCUGGAACAUCUGCUGAUUUCAUGGGAAGGGACUUUGCCAUUUUCCGUACCCUCGGAGAUCAUCAUCCAAUCAGAACAGAGCAGCAUGAUUCGCGAUGGCUUAAUGACCCCAGAUUUAUUGGUGUAAACUUGAUCCCUGAAAGUGACAACCCUGAGGACGACAAGAUCUUCCUCUUUUUUAAAGAGAACGCAAUGGACGGAGAGCACACCGGGAAGGCUACAAUUGCCAGGAUAGGACAACUGUGUAAGAAUGACAUGGGAGGUCACAGGAGCCUUGUGAACAAGUGGACUACUUUUCUAAAGGCUCGUCUCAUCUGUUCAGUUCCCGGGGUCAAUGGCAUUGAUACACACUUUGAUGAACUCCAGGAUGUAUUUCUCAUGAGCUCCAAGGACCCAAAGAAUCCAGUUAUCUACGCCGUAUUCACUACUUCAAGUAACAUAUUUAAAGGCUCGGCGGUGUGUAUGUACAGUAUGGCUGACAUCAGGAGGGUUUUCCUGGGUCCCUAUGCCCACAGAGAUGGGCCCAAUUACCAAUGGGUCCCUUUCCAAGGGAGAGUGCCCUACCCCCGCCCUGGCACUUGCCCUAGCAAAACAUUCGGAGGUUUUGAUUCCACCAAGGACCUUCCAGAUGAUGUCAUCACCUUUGCCAGGGGUCAUCCUGCCAUGUACAACCCAGUGCACCCCAUUGGGGGACGGCCCAUCAUGGUUCGAACGGAUGUAGACUAUCAGUUCUCUCAGCUAGUGGUGGACAGAGUUGAAGCAGAGGAUGGGCAAUACGAUGUCAUGUUCAUAGGCACAGAUAUGGGAACAGUGCUAAAAGUGGUAACGAUUCCCAGAGAGAGCUGGCAUGACCUGGAGGAGGUUGUGCUUGAGGAGAUGACCGUUUUCAGGGAGCCCACUCCCAUUACCGCUAUGGAGCUUUCCACCAAACAGCAACAGCUGUACCUUGGCUCAGCCCUGGGAGUAUCACAGAUGUCUUUACACCGCUGUGAGGUGUAUGGGAAAGCCUGCGCCGAGUGCUGCCUGGCCAGAGACCCUUACUGCGCUUGGGAUGGUGCUGAGUGCUCCAGAUACUUUCCUACCGCCAAGAGGAGAACCAGGCGACAAGACAUCAGAAACGGAGAUCCGCUCUCGCAAUGCUCAGACCUUCAACAUCACGACGACAUGGAUGGUUUAGGAGGCAGCAUAGAGGACAGGAGUGUGUUCGGUGUGGAAAACAGCAGCAUGUUUCUGGAGUGCAGCCCCAAAUCUCAAAGAGCACUGAUUUACUGGCAGCUGCAGAGGCCCAACGAUGAUCGCAAGCAAGAGAUUAAGAUGGAUGAUCGGGUGCUGUGUACAGACCAGGGUCUGUUGAUCCGCAGCCUGUCCCUGUCUGACACGGGAGUCUAUCACUGCCAGGCGGUGGAACACGGCUUCAUUCAGCCCCUGCUGCUUCUCAACCUGCAGGUCAUCCCCACCCAGAGACUGGGGGACAUUCUGCCUGGGCUUCCCAGUGCAGGGGGUGGCGCAGGUAACUCAGCCAAGCACAGAGUCUGGUACAGAGAUUUCCUGUCUCUCUUAGACCACCCGGAGCUGAACAGCGUGGAGGAAUUUUGUGAUAGAGUUUGGAAGAAAGAGCGCAAACAGAAGAAGGUGAAAGCUCCCAACAGCAAUGGCAAAUCUGACAGUGCCCCGAGCUCUGCAGCGCGACCCAAAGCUGCGGCCCCCACUGCUCAGAAACAGCAGGCUAGUCCGCCAAACAGCAGGCCGUGGCUUCAAGCUGGAGAUCCAGUGGGGGAGGGCCCAACUCGGAGCCAGAAUACCCAGAAAGGUCAACCGAAUCUGAGUGCGGUCCCUAAAAACGGCCCGAAGACGCAGAACGGAGCAAAGGUGCAGGGUGGCCCGGGUGGGUCGCAGGUCGCGGGGGGCGCACGGGUCAGCAGCCAGCAUACGGCAAAAUGGAGACGGAUGCAGGAAAACAAGAAGGGACGUAACAGGAGGACCCAUGAGCUUCAAAGACCCCCACGUAGCGUUUGAGAAAAGAAGCUGGGAUGCACACCUUCAAGCAAGUCUACACACGUACAAGCACAAAGCCAUGCAUCAGCAUCAGCACAUACUAUGGGUUGUGAAUCCAUCAUAAUAUAAAACAAACAAACAAAAAAAACACCCAGCACAUUUUCUGAGAUAACAUACAUGAACCACAUCCUUGUAACAAAAGCAAGACGAAUGGACAGAACUUGUGAAAAAGACAAGCAGAGUAUUGAAAGCCAGGAAUGCAUUCGAUAAAGUUGUAAGAACACGCAUGUUUGCCUCGGAAUACAUUCUGGCAGACGCUCUUUCAAACCUCCUGUACAUAAGCUAUAAAUUUAAGACUGGGACUGAAAAAUGUUAAGUCAUGGAUUUGUUUGACUUAUAAUGCUGACAGGACAGCUGCAGAGACGUUAAUAAAUUUGCAGACAUUUACGAAGCAGAAGCGAAUAAUCCACCGCGACCUGUUUCCACGUGUGAACUUAAUACACGGAAAGUGGUUGGAAAAAUCGUAUUCUGAAGAACUUUUUAAGGAGAAGAGCAGAGCAACAGCAGCGCCCUUAAAGCGGGAAAGAGAAGGGUUCACCUCGACGUGUGCACGGCUUGCACCAGUAGUUCUCAAACAAAGAAAAACAAAGGAAACAUGCAAAGUUAUACCACUGUGUAGACCAAGUUCUUCAUCAUAACCAAUUCCUCUGAGGCUGGGAAAGCAUUGUGCAUGUUGUUGUCAAUCAAUAUUUUAAUAUGCUAUUUUCUUUACUCCUUACCUUACGAGAGUCUGAAUUUUCUGUUACUUUUGCUUCCUUUCACAAUCUGUGCUCAGUCGAGGUGCACACAUCCUCUAAAAAGAAACGACAGUUCCUUGCAAAAGUACUCGCAUCAUUUAAACUUUUCGCAGCAAACUAUUUCAAAUACUCAUGUAUUUUCAAGAUUUUAUGAUAUAGUCCAACAUAAAGUUGCACAUUACUGUGAGGUGGAAAGAAAUGGACAUGUGGCUUUCAUUUUUUUUCUCUAAAUGAAAAUCUGUUUCAGUACUUAGUAAAACCACCUUUUGCUGCAACUACAGCUCAGAGUCUUUGCUCAGGGCUCAGUUAGUUUGAGUGCAGAGAGCCUAUGAAUAGCAGUGUGCAAGUUUUAUAUCACCAAUCUGCAUAUUCUCCUGUGGGUUUACAUCUACUUGAUUUUAACACAUGAAAAUAGUCUGCAUUCGUUCAGUCCAUCUUUCCAUCACCUCUGGACAGUUUUUCUGUCCCAAUUGAAGAAAAGCAUUUCCACAGCAUGACACUGCCUCCAUCGUAUGGCACUGUAGGAAUGGCGCAAUCAGAGUGGCAGUUUUUCUCCACAUGCAGCAUUUUGCAUGUUGAUAAAAAAGUGAUUUCACACAGACAGAGCAUCUUCAUUUACAUGUUUAAAAGUAGAUGCUUAAUUAAUCUGGCCCAAUUAAUUAGGGACAUAUUUCAGGAGUGUGUGACUUGAUAGUUUUCCAGACAACAGAUUUUUUUUCAUCUGAGAUGGUGAUGUUUCCACGAUCUCCAAAGUCACCUUUGGUUGCUUUUCUGAUUGUCCUCUUCUUGACCAGCCUGUCAAGUUAAGCUAGUCUUAGGGGUUUGCAGCUGCCAUGUACUCAGAUUAAGCAUCACUCUAUAUUUGGUCAUAACUUGGGAUGUAGUUUCAUAGCCUAACUUUACUUUAAACUUCUCCACAACUUCUUCAACCUGUUUGCCAUAUUCCUUGGUCUUCAUGAUGCUGUUUGUUCAACAUUGUCAAUUAAGAAGCCUGUGAGGCCUCCACAGUUUAGCUGUAUUUAUAUUGAUAGCGUACACAGAGGUGAACACUAUUAACUAGGUAACUUCUUAAGGUUGUUUUUAUUAUUAUUAUUAUUAUUAUUAUUAUUAUUAUUAUUAUUAUUUUCUAUUUACGGGUAUCAACAAAAAGGGUGCUGAAUAAAAAUGUAUGCCACACUUUUCAGAUUUGUCCUUGUGAAAAGUUUGGAGAAGCUUGCAUCCUAUUCUUUCCAUUUCACAAUUGUCCACUACUUUGUUGUAGCGGAGAAAAGCGCAUUGAUGUUUGUCGUCGCGACGAGACAAAAUGCAACAAAGUUUAGGAAUACUAUUGUAAGGCACUGCCCUGUUCUUUAUGCGCAUAAUCCCAUCCGCCCCCUGAAUUUCCUGAGUAACUUAUGAUGUUAAUACUUUUUUUUUAAUUAAUAAAAACUGGGACAAAAAUCUCAGUUCAAAGCUAUGCUGAAAACCCAGUCUGAAUUGCUUUGUGUACAUAUAUACAUCAACCUUAACUAUCUGUGUAUAUAAAGUAAAAUUACAGUACAAGAGCACCAUUUAAUUAAUAUUUAUUGUUCAUUUUUUUGUGAAAGGGUUGGAUUUAUUUUUGAUAUAUUUUUGCUCAUCAGUGCAUUGGCAAAAUGAUUGCAUCAGCAACAAAGUCUAAUUACAGCACCAACUGGCUAAGGUUUUAUUGAAGAGUGUCCCCCUUUUUUGGGGGGGGAGGAUAAAAGUGUCAAGUUUAGCACAACAACUUUUUGUGGCUUCACUAAUCUCAUUUUGACAACGAUAAGCACAAUUUUAUCUCUUUUGCCUUUCGUCACGUCCCCUUUCUCUCUCGACCCGUCCACCAUGUCCUCAUUUCACCUAGUAGCUGUUAUGUGUAAGAUAAUUCUCCGAACUGAAAAACAUUAGCUGUGAAUCUCUGUAAGAAAUAGUGGAGAAUAUUGUUAAAUCUAGUCUGAGGAGAAGACACGUUAUACUGCAUGUGAAUGCUACCUUACAGUAAGUGCAUCUUUUUCUAUCGUCUUUUUACGUGUUUUGUGUGAGAGCUACAAUUCCCUUGAACAUUUUUUUUGUCUUUUUGCCAAAACAGUGAUAUGAAUGACAAACAUUCUGGCCAAAGCCGUUGAGGAAUCCCCCCCCCCCCCCCCCCCCCCCCCCCUCCUUAAUCUUUGAUUCAAAGAUGGCAUCUACUGUGUCCUCCCCCUUCUCCUCAACUUGACUAAAGUAAAGUGUUGAUGCCAUAAAUUAGAGCAGAUAAUGUUCCACCAAACACUCAGAAGUUUGUUUCUCCCUGAGAUUUAGAAGUAUGAGAGAGCAGAGAGUUACCGCUGUUGUGACACAGUUCUUUCUGGCAUGCAUUCAGUUGUCUAAAUAAACAUCUCCGUUACAAAAUAAAA